AUGAAGGUCAUCUCCGUCUUGAAUCUGGUUAUCACAGCUUCUCUAGUCAGAGCACUCAAUAUACCAAGUCUUAGCAAUACCACCAUCAUUGAUAAACGACAAACUACCUCGACCGCAUCAAGUAGUGAACGAUAUGUCUUUGCCCAUUUUAUGGUCGGAUUCGUAAAUUCGUACACACAGGACGAUUGGAAUAGAGAUGUAGCUUUGGCACUCAGUAAAGGUAUAGAUGGAUUUGCGUUGAACUGUGACGGUCAAGAUACAAACGCUCAACAGCUUCAAUUCGCAUUCACAGCAGCCUCUUCAUCGAAUUUCAAACUAUUCAUCUCGCCCGAUUUCGUACAUUAUUCAUAUGAGGACCCCGGUCCCGUGUCGGAAUUACUCAAGCCCUGGGUUACCCAAGGUGCAUAUUUCCGAUAUGAUGGUAAAUCUUUUGUGAGCUCUUUCUGGGGUGAAGGAACGGAUUGGGUUAAAGUGAGGGAGAAUGUAGGGGUGGAUUUAUACGUUUGUCCGUAUUACUAUGCGAGUCAAGCUGCUGUGGACACGCCUGGUCUGGAUGGUCUGUUCUCUUGGAGAGCCUGGCCAGGUGAAGGUCAAGAUACCGUCGUAUUCGAAAAUAUGACCACAGCUCCCGACGAAGAGUACUUGAGUUUGCUGGCGCCUUUGGGUAAAGCAUACAUGGCACCUGUAUCACCAUGGUUCUACUCCCACCUCCCAGCUUCAACAGGCUAUGCGAAAAACUACUACCUUUACUCCGACACCCUCUGGCCUACACGAUGGCAACAAACCCUCGAUCUUGUUACUAAAUAUCCCGAGCAGGUACAAUUCGUCGAAAUUAUCACAUGGAACGAUUGGACCGAAUCCUCCUUGAUCACUCCACCUACGCUCAAAGCUGCAGAGUGCUCAGGUACUGAUAGCGUCGGUGAGAAGCCUCGAGGAUGGGAUAUGGCUGCAGACUCGGUUUUCGUAGCGGCACUUACUACUGGUCCAGCUACUGUGACAGUGACGAUUGGCGGUACAGCCUCAUCCCAGCAAGUUGACGGUGCAGGUGUGCAUACCCUUGCGUUCCCCAUGAGCGUAGGAGGUGUAAGUUUCCAAAUGGAUGUAGAUGGCGGUGGAAGUGCAAUCGGCCAAGGUGCCAUUGAGAUUUCAGACGAAUGUUAUAGAGGAGUAUACAAUUUCAACGUUCUUGCUGGUACCGCCACCGCUGAUGGCACAUCUUCUGGCACUUCCAACACCGGUGGAUCAAUUUCUGCUCCUGUAUCUUCUGCAGCCAUGCCUUCCAGUACGGCUGCUGGAUCAGAUGAUAGUACCCCUUCGUCCGCUGGAUCCACCCCAUCCGAUGGCGGUGUCGCGACUACUCAACAGGCGUCUUCUGCUUAUUCCACUCCUUCAGAUUCUGGUAUCGCUGCCACCCAACAACCUUCUUCUGAAUCUUCAGCUCUUGCGGAUACCGGAGCUGGCUCUUCUGUGCAACCGCAGCCUUACAGUAGUCACCCCUGGGGAGGUUGGAGGACCGGAGGAUGGGGAAAUUAG